CUCCCUCUCUCUCUCUUUUUUUUUCCAUUUACGGUUAAAAACUUUCUUAUUGUUCUUCUAACCUAUAAUAGUAUCUCUUUUAAGUUUAAGCUUGGUUUCUUUAAGUUAUACUAGAGGUUUUUUAAAAAUGAAUUUUAAACUUUCAGUAAUACUAUUGUACGUAUAUGGAAGAGAAUAACAAAGAAGCUAAGAAAAUGGAAGAUGUGUUGAUGCCUGGAUUUAGGUUCCAUCCAACGGACGAAGAGCUCGUGAGUUUCUAUCUAAAGCGGAAGGUUGAGCAUCGCCCACUCUCCAUCAAGCUCAUUACACAGCUCGAUAUCUACAAAUAUGACCCAUGGGAUCUUCCAAAGUUUGCGAUGACGGGAGAGAAAGAAUGGUACUUCUACUGUCCAAGAGAUAGAAAGUAUAGGAACAGCACGAGGCCGAACAGAGUGACUGGUGCUGGAUUCUGGAAAGCCACGGGAACGGACAAGCCGAUACACUCUUCGGACGGAAGCAAAUGCAUUGGUCUGAGGAAGUCACUUGUGUUUUACAAAGGAAGAGCUGCUAAAGGGAUUAAGACAGAUUGGAUGAUGCAUGAGUUUCGCUUGCCUUCUGCGUCUUCACAUACACUCUUUGAUUCUCAUGUCUCGCCCAACGAUAUGAGCAAGUCUUGUUUUGUUGACCAAAAAAAUCUUAAUGAGUCAUGGGCCAUAUGCAGAAUCUUAAAGAGGACAAACACAACGGCUCUUAGAGCAGUCUCACACUCCUUUGUUUCCUCAUUACCACAAGAGGAAACAACCGAUACAGAACCCUACGAAAAAACAUCAAACACAUCCCAAAUUUCCUCAGACAAGAUCAUGAAAAAUAGUUCUUGCUCUAAAUUUUACUCUGAAGAAGAUAUGAAUGUGGCACAACGACCACAUUCAUAUCUUGAUGAUAAAGAAGCUACCAAGACUAGUACUUGUACAACUACUAGUCCAUUUUCUUACUUGGGAUUCACUUCCUCCGACGAUCGUGGUCCGUGUCUAGACCAACAAUACCUUAGAAGCCUCUUGCUUGCCUCACAAGAAACACAACCUCCUCAGUUUCCAAAGUUCAUCAACAACAACGAUAUGAUCUCUUCGUUUCUGCUAAACAUGUCAUCAUCAGAUUCAUCGUUUUUGGGAGAAAACACAAACCAUUUAGACUCAAACAUCGACCUCACUAGUGGAAUUUGGGCGCAAGAGAAGUGUCCUGCUCUUGUGAGUCUGCCGCAAGAGUACCAUGAGACAGGUUUUGAAGGGCACGUGGAUGAUGCAAAUGAAGAUCAUCAUCAAGCUUUCUGUCACACAUAUAACUUUGGCGACUUAUCUUCAGCUUCAACUAUUGUUGGAGACCAACAUCAAAAUCAGAAGCAUCACAACUUGAUGGAGAGUUACUAUUCCUCACUCGAUUAAUGACGAAUUGCCUACUUGAUUACAAAGUAUUUCGAUAGUUAGUUGUAUCAGCACAGCGCUCUUGCUUUUUUGGAUUGUUCUUUCAAAUUAGUAUGUUCACACAAAAGAUUUCUUCUUUUUGUGUUUAUACAAUUUUUCCUAGUCAUUCGUUAUUAGGGAGACGAAUGAUCAAGUUGGCUUUUCUGUAUAAGCGACUUGAUAAUAGACUCUGUUUUAGACUCUGUUUUUUUCAUAAUUAGUUCCUACAAACUUGGAAACACUAAAACAACUAAACAACAAAGGAAGCCUGAAAGAAAACAGGAGACUUCGGUUACUUGACUUUGUCUUGAUACUUGGAGUUAGCCUUCCUCUCGCGAGUUGACCUGCGAACUUUCUCAACAGCUUCAGUCUCGUCAUGUGCUUCUUCUUCACCUUCAGCUUCAACUUCUUCUUCUACUAGUCGGCGGAUGCAAAUUUCCAUCUUCAACGCAUCACACUGACCCAAGAAAUAGUAAGGAACUAACAUAAAGUCUUUCUCAGGAGUUUC